AUGGCGACGAGUAGCAAAGUGGCGGUGGUGAUCAUGGUGGUGCAGUUGGUUGUGCUAGCAGUUGCAGCAGCAGCAACGCCGCCGCUAGAUAAGGUGGCGAUGUCCCCCGUUGACAGCCGCGACCUGCCAUCCAGGCUCGGGGUAAGAAGGCUUCUGCAGGGCUGCGUAGCCCCAAACCCUAGCCAACCCACUGCCACUCUUCUCCCUCCGCCAGUCCGCCUCCCUGCGGCCACGCUUCUCCCUUUCCCUCUCCUCCUCACGCCGCCAGCCUGCCACGCCUUGCCUCCCCAACCGCCGUGGCUGCGACCUGUCCUCCUCCUCCCACCACCCGCCAGCGACCGGCCGUCAGUGCGCCAGAUCCGUCGUCACCUCCUCCAUCUUCGCCCAUCAGAUCCUGUCUCCCGCCGCGCCCCCCCAACUGCAGGCCCCGGCGCCUCUUCUACCCCAGCCAAGCUCCUUCCCACCUCCGCCCUUCGUGCUCCACCCAGAUCUACUCCGGCUCCUGGCUCCACGACGGCGGCGAGAAGGCCUCCGACGCGAGCUGGGGCCCCCGUCGUCGGCAUCCCCUCCUCCGCCACGGCACAGGUCCUCCUCCGCCGCGCCGCCGGGGCCCGAGCCGCAGGCCUGCACGCUCGUCACCCUUCCUCCGUCUCCUCGAAAUCCGCCCUCGCGCUUGCAUCGGUCGCCCACCGCUUCCUCGCGCGUGGCACAGGCCACACCCGCUGGCCGCCUUCCACCUCCGUGGACGCCGCUCCUUUCCGGAUCCGCUCGUCACCGCGGCGCCGGCAGGUGCAGAAGCACAUCGACAGUGGCGCCUCCAAGCAGCACUUCUGGGAUUUCGUCGCCGCCGAGUUCUGCUCCGGUCCGCUUCCAUAUCCGCCCGGGCUAGCGGUCCUACGGCAUCGUGCACGCCGGCACCGUCCUCCCCAUCAAGAUGGCUACAUGGCUUCUGUUCAAAAGCAAAUGCUUGAGCACAUCUCUUCAUUGUUCUGUCUUAUCAAUUUAUCAUGCACUGUUGAAAAGCAAAUGUUCUGUCUUACCAAGACAUCUAGCUUUUGCCAGUUCCAAGAUAGUGUCCCGUUCUUGUUUUCCUUUUAGGCUACCCUUUUUUAGUGCAUGUGCUCAAAUAUACAUGGUAGGUUUAUUGAUAAUUGGUUCUACAAAUACAAAGGACAUCAGAAUACCGUCUCUAGAGUAUUAGCUUUUUAUUGUAUACUCGUUUGUAUAUUCAUGUUUAAUCUCUUGUAGUGUGAUUUGGACUGAUUGUGUCCCCCUGAACUGUUUACUCCCCCUCGUAACUACAUUGUGAAAAACUUCUCUUACAUUUUUAGCUGCUCUAGCUAGUUGAUAACAAUGGAACUAUUUCGGCUUAGUUUUCCAGGAUCAAGGGCUUUAUAGGUUGAUUAAUCACUUAAUUGUACAUUGAUUAUUAUGGAUGUCUUGAGCUCAUACCAAGUGUUAUUGUGCGAAAACUGAAUGCUAACUACAAAAUGUUUAUAAACCAGUAUGGUUGUAUGUAAUUUGAAAUCUACUACCUUAGUAUUUAGCGAUGCUUAUAUGCUUCCCAUGUACUAAUCAGAUUUACUUUACCUACCGGAUUGCUUGGAGUGGAGAAAAAUUGCUGCAGCCUACAAAGUGCCACGAAAGUGCUGUUCUGUCCCUGCCUAAUAUUUGUGCAAUAUGUAAAUAUAAUUAUUGUUUAUUGUUGUAAUUAAUUAUUGUAUUAAUUAAGCAAUUGAUGUGUUUUCUUAAAAAUGGGUUUUAUUUUUGUAUGCUGUGAUUUUUGGGUUGGAACUGUUAUUUUGAUAUAUGGGCAAGGAAAAUUGGUGGGCCAAUUUUUUAUA